GGUUUCUGAUUGGGCAUCUUGGGAUAGGGGCGUGGUCCGGCUCGCGCUCUGGUCCAGGUCCCUGCGCCUCGCGACGCAUUCCUGUCCCGUUGCUCGUGCCUUUUUCUGUUGGAGCUGCGUCUGCUGUAGCCGCCCCCUCCUGUAAGCCAUGCCGGUGGACCUGAGCCUGUGGACCGGGCCCUUGAGCCUGCGGGAGGUGGAGGAGAAGCCGCAGCACCCUCUCAGCGUCAAGUACGCUGACUGCGAGAUCCUCGAGCUGGGCCAAGUGCUGACGCCCACGCAGGUGAAGGGCCGUCCGGUCAGCAUUGGAUGGCAGGGCUGCGACUCCUCCAAGCUCUACACUCUGGUCCUCACAGACCCAGAUGCUCCCAGCAGGAAGGACCCCAAAUUCCGGGAGUGGCACCACUUCUUGGUGGUCAACAUGAAAGGCAGUGAUAUCAGCAGCGGCGAGGUGCUCUCGGAUUAUGUGGGCUCCGGCCCACCCAAGGGAACAGGUCUUCACCGCUAUGUGUGGCUGGUUUAUGAGCAGAAUGGGCCACUCAAAUGCGACGAACGUGUCCUGAGCAACCGUUCCGGGGACCACCGGGGCAAAUUCAAGGUGGCUGCCUUCCGUGGCAAGUACAAGCUCGGGUCCCCAGUCGCUGGUACGUGCUACCAGGCUGAAUGGGACGAUUAUGUGCCCCGGCUCUACGAGCAGCUGGCCGGGAAGUAGGCACUGUCAUCACGUGACCCCUCCCCAGGCAGUGGCCAUGUGAACAAGCACCCCUCCCUCUUAUUCUCACAGGUUUGACUUGUUCAGUCCCCAACUUGCAUGGAGUCUUUUCCUUCUGAUGGGGGGAGGGGUCCCUGGGUGGAGGAUAUGGGAACUUGCUGGCUUGGGUGGGGAGGGGAAUCAAGAUGUUAGUAAAAGUCAUGAUUUGAUUCCUAGCGUCCUAGUGGAGAAAUAAAAAUAGUCUGUAAAGAUGCUGAUAGCUGAGCAGAGACAGAACGUUAUUGAGAUCCUUCGCCUUUGUUAAAUCUUUGUGCCUCCCGUCCUCGCUGUAACCUCCUUUUCUUCUGAUGAGUUAGUGGACGGAAACUGAAUCUGGAGGGCCCGAGAUCCUGUUUAAUGGAAAAUUGGGGUUCUUGGCCAGUGCUUCCUCAUUUAAAAAGAUUUAAACUGAUUUAACCAGGCUUUGGUCCCUUAUUUCAUUGAGAAGCAGCUUGGGGGGUCCACUUGUGUCAUUUGCAGCUGGAAAGGCAGCGGUGGCUUUACCCAAACUCCCAUUCCCUUCCCCAUCGCCCCAGUUGAGAAGUGUGCAUGGCUGGGUGAGGCCACCUUUUUGGGUUAGAAAUGUUUGCUGUGCUCACAUUUUGGUGUUAAAUCUGCUGUAGGUCUUCGUUGCAAGGGAAGCAAGACCUGACUUAACAACAUUUGUGUUUAGUUCUGCUGUUUGCUUAUUGUUCAAUUAAAAAAUGAAAUAACU